AUGCAACUCCCAACCAGAACCCUCCUCGCUCUUUUGCCAUUCUUCGUCCAAAUCCAAGCACUUGCUUCCGGGACAGGAACCACGACUAGAUACUGGGAUUGCUGCAAGCCAUCUUGCGCCUGGCCUGGAAAAGCCGAGCUUGCUUCGGGAUCAAAUCCUGUCACAACUUGUGAUAUCAAGGACAGCCCACUUACAGACUACAACACUGCAAGUGGAUGUAAUGGGGGAGGAGCAUAUCAGUGUUCGAACGAGUCGCCAUGGGCAAUAAGCGAUGACCUCGCCUAUGGCUAUGCGGCUAUGCAGCAGUCAACAUUGCUGGCGGCUCGGAGUCAAGCUGGUGCUGCGCUUGUUACGAGUUGA